CGAUCGCUACGCUACGUGAAGUGUGUCUCGUUGGUAACUCUCGUGACUGUGACGACGACCGUCAGUGUUGUGAAGGCGAGUGAAUGUGCGAUGCUCGGACAGUGAUCGAAGCAUGGUGAAUUACGUCAAUCCGCUCGCCAUGUACCAAGGCAAGGGCGGGCAGUACGGCGGCAGCUGGUAUGGCUGGCAGCACCAGAACUUUGAGGAGCAACAAUGGUGCGCUUGGAACGGGGCGCCGGCGGGCGGGGAAUGGGCGCCGGAUCCACACCACUUCCCUAAGAGAGAACCUGGUGAUAGGGAGAUUACGGAUAUACCGUCUCCCGCGCGCGGCGACCUGGCCAGCCCCGGAGAAGGCUCGCCUGGUUCUAGGCCUGCGCAGCCGCCGGCACCGCCGCGCUCCCCCUACGAAUGGAUGAAGAAACCCAACUACCAGACACAACCCAAUCCAGAGUGCGUGAGUCCACUGCUGGGCAAAGGCCAAGCACAAAUGAAGCCUUUGACGCUUGCUUUGGGCCCCGCGCACCAUAACGCUGCCAGUUCGCCCGGCAGCGAUGAACAUCUUAUCCAUCUUAUCCCUUGUAAAACGCGCACAAAGGACAAGUAUCGAGUGGUGUACAGCGACCAUCAGAGGCUUGAGCUCGAAAAGGAGUUCCAUUAUAGCCGGUACAUCACGAUCCGGCGAAAGGCUGAGCUCGCAGCAAGCUUGGGCCUCUCUGAAAGACAGGUGAAAAUCUGGUUCCAAAACCGUCGCGCGAAGGAGCGCAAGCAGGUGAAAAAACGAGAAGAGGUGGUGAUGAAGGAAAAAGGUGAUCACGCGUCGCUUCAACACGCACAGCUACAUCACGCCACGAUGCUUCACCACCAGCAAAUGAUGAACGGCAUGAUGCAUCACCACCACUACCAUCAAGGAGUCUUACAAGGAGUCCCUGAGCCACUAGUUCCAGGAGUACCACCUGUCCCCUUACUGUGACCACACCAGCAAGACUACUGCUCCCACGAUUACGCGUAGUGAUCGCAAAGACACCAGUGCUUACCUGCUGAAGGUAUACAAAAACUAUUUGUGCAUAAUAGUGCUUAUUCUCUUCGAAGUGACUUUUAAGAAUUUGUGAUAGUCUAGUGCAAUCCUCUCGGGAAUGUUUAACAGGCGUUUCAAUAUUAUGAUUGGUGGAUACAUAGUUAGAUAUUAUAUAUACCGAACGUGAUCAUUUUAGUGUUAGGACUUUUUUCACUGUUGCGCACCAUUUUAUUUAGCGAUUUUAGUUAACAGUCUUAAUACCGAUAUGGAAAAAGUUCUUCCACUGAAAUAAGUACUUAUCUCACUUUCACACUAAAUAGUUAAUGCAAAUUUGUAUGAGCCUCUGUCAAAAUUCUACGACCCUCCUG